GCGGGUCUGGUGCGUGGCAAAGGCUGCCGGCUGGGUCUGUGCGGAGCGGGGCAGAGCCUGAAAGCCGUCCCGUAGGCAGCGCCCGCGGUCGGUGUUGGUUUCCGUAGUGGGAUCCAGGCGGGGAAGUCGCCUCCAUGGUGCCCCCGGCGGUGCUGCUGCCCUGGGUGGUGCUGCCGCUGCUCGGGGUGCAGGGUGGCGGCGGCUCUAAGCAGGAAGAAAACCUGCUGGUUCUGACUGUUGCCACCAAGCAGACCGAGGGAUUUCGACGCUUUAGAAGAUCAGCCCAGUUCUUCAACUACAAAAUCCAGGUGCUUGGGCUGGAUGAGGAGUGGAAGGGGGGAGAUGAUAAGAAGCCAGCAGGAGGUGGGCAGAAGGUCCGUCUCUUGAAAUCAGCUUUGAAGCAGCAUGCAGAUAAGGAAGACUUGAUCAUCCUUUUCACAGAAAGCUAUGAUGUACUCUUUGCAUCAGGCCCCACGGAACUGCUGAAGAAGUUCAAACAAGCCAAGAGCAAGGUGGUCUUCUCAGCUGAGAACUACAUCUAUCCUGACAGAAAGUUGGAAGCCAAGUACCCUCCGGUGCGAGAUGGAAAGCGCUUUCUGGGUUCUGGAGGCUUCAUAGGUUAUGCUCCAAACCUAAAAAAACUUGUAGAGGAAUGGAAAGGAAAGGACGAUGACAGUGACCAACUUUUCUACACUAAGAUCUUUUUGGAUCCAGAAAAAAGAGAAAAUAUCAACAUCAGUCUAGACCAUAGGAGUCGGAUCUUCCAAAACCUAAAUGGAGCAUUAGAUGAGGUGGUUCUGAAGUUUGAAAACGCACGAGUGAGAGCAAGAAACUUGUUAUAUGACACUCUGCCUGUAAUAAUUCAUGGAAAUGGACCCACCAAGCUGCAGCUGAACUACUUGGGAAACUAUAUUCCUCAAAUAUGGACAUUUGAGACUGGCUGUACUGUGUGUGACGAAGGUCUGCGCAGCCUCACAGGUAUUAAGGAUGAGGCUCUGCCAAUGAUUCUGAUAGGCAUUUUCAUCGAGCAGCCCACUCCGUUUCUCUCCCAGUUUUUCUUGCGGCUUCGUAAUCUCCAUUACCCAAAGCAACGAAUUCAAAUCUUCAUUCACAACCAUGAGCAACACCAUUCAAUGCAAGUGGACUCUUUUGUUAACGAGCACAGCAAAGAAUAUCUUGCUAUGAAAGUGAUUGGACCAGAUGAUGAGAUGGAGAAUGCUGAGGCGCGUAACUUGGGCAUGGAUUUGUGCAGAAAGGAUCCUGACUGUGACUAUUAUUUUAGCCUGGAUGCUGAAGUAGUUCUGAAGAACACAGAGACGCUAAGGAUUCUCAUUGAACAGAACAAGUCGGUGAUUGCCCCCCUGGUGAGUCGUCAUGAGAAGCUGUGGUCAAAUUUCUGGGGAGCACUGAGCCCUGAUGGGUAUUAUGCCCGCUCAGAAGAUUACGUGGAUAUUGUUCAAAGGAGGAGGGUCGGGCUCUGGAAUGUUCCCUACAUCAGCAGUGUUUACAUGGUGAAAGGUAAAGUCCUACGAUCGGAGCUUGACGAGGGAGAUCUCUUCCACGGUGGCAAGCUGGAUGCUGACAUGGCUUUCUGCCACAACGUGCGGAAUCAGGGAGUCUUCAUGUACUUGACAAAUCGACAUCAGUUUGGACACAUACUGUCUCUGGAGAAUUACCAAACAAGUCACCUACACAAUGACCUCUGGCAAAUAUUCAGCAACCCUGAGGACUGGAGAGAAAAGUACAUCCAUGAAAACUACACAGCAGCUCUGAAAGGGAAACUGGUAGAAAUGCCCUGCCCAGAUGUGUACUGGUUCCCCAUAUUCACUGACACUGCUUGUGAUGAGCUGGUGGAAGAAAUGGAGCAUUAUGGCAAGUGGUCCACAGGUGACAAUACGGACAGUAGAAUACAAGGAGGAUAUGAGAAUGUUCCAACUAUCGAUAUCCAUAUGAACCAAAUUGGCUUUGAAAGAGAAUGGUAUAAGUUUCUUCUGGACUAUAUUGCACCCAUCACAGAGAAACUGUACCCAGGAUACUAUACCAAGACUCAGUUUGAGCUAGCCUUUGUGGUCCGCUACAAACCUGAUGAGCAGCCUUCCCUAAUGCCCCAUCACGAUGCUUCCACCUUUACCAUUAACAUUGCUCUGAACAGGGUUGGAAUAGACUAUGAGGGAGGAGGCUGCCGUUUUUUGCGCUACAACUGCUCGAUUCGAGCUCCACGAAAGGGGUGGACUCUGAUGCAUCCAGGACGCCUCACCCACUACCAUGAAGGUCUUCCAACCACCAAAGGAACCCGUUAUAUUGCAGUGUCUUUUAUUGACCCCUAGAGCCAUGCGUCACAGGAAAGACCUUUCCCUGGCCCCGCUCACUGCUGACUUUGAGUGGAAACAGGGAAUGCUGCAGAGAGUUUCUAAGGCAUUGAUCAAAGCUAUUUGGAUAUUGAUUUUUUUAAUCAAUGUUAAGACUCCACUACUGGAAGAUCUCCCUCUCUGAUACUGCGGGUCAUAUCUAGGAAUGUUGCUGUAGAAUUUGGAAGGAGAUUUUGUGCCUUCAUUUUUGAUUCUGCUCUUCAUCCGCUGUGUCUUGGAAAUGCGAUUUACUUGAACUUUCACAGCUUGGUUGGCUUUACAGAAAUGCUUUCUUGGACUGGAAAUCCAGCUCUUUGGAGGCAAGUCACAAGCUUUCUCUCCAAGUAGCUGGGAUCUCUUUUUUUAUAUCCACAGCAUAUACAGGACACUAGAAAAUCAUUUCUGGAUAGUAUACCAAACAUAAACAAUCAGGGAGCUGGCUCCAAGAGUCAUAAAUUACAUGUCAUACCAGAUGAAACUCAGUAGUAAGAGCCUGAAGAUCAUCUGCAUCCUUACCUCUUCACAGUCUUUGGAAACACAUCACAGAGUUCAAAGCAGCAGCAAUGGCAAUAUAGGUGCUUUGUGUUAGUUAAUGAGGGUCCACUAAUUAUGCUUUAUCUCUGGGAUUAGUCUGAAGACAUAUUAA